UGCUAGUCGUUCGCCCGAUGCCCUUCCGCAAUCGCUCCCAAAGUACGCCGCGCGUUUUCGCACGCAAAAUCGAGGCAUAUCCAGGUAUCGCAUUGUCGUUGGUGAAGCAGGAUGUUCGCAAUUGCGCCCAGCGGGGCGAUAACUCCGCGCCGCAAGUGAGGAUUAUCCGUGCGUGGUGUGCGCAUCGCGCGCGUUUCGGCGAAGGCGUCGUUUGCGAACGAAACCCGCUCGUGCCGACACCGACCAAUAAUACGCUCGCAUCGUCGGCGAAACGCCGCAAACCCGUCGCAGCGGCGUCCGCAGUCCAGCGACCCGCGUGUGAUAUGCUGUUGUGAUCGAUUCGUUUCGGAAAGUGCAUUUGAUCGUCCAGGAGGCGAUCACCGCGUGUCGACAGUGACGCCCAACAAACGAACAAAUGUGACCAUCGUGGAUUACCCGACGCUGUUGAUUUAGAAUUAUUAAUUUUGGGCAUUCAGCAUGUCUAGCAGUAAAUUUCGUAUAAUUGAAGACAAUGCUAAUGAACCACUUACACUGCUGGUGAGGCCUGAUGGCUCUGUCACCCCUGACAAGGAAACAGUCAAACAAAUAUUAAGUAAUUGUGCAAGUAUGGAUAUUAAUCUAAUGACAAUGAAGAAAGUUGAUGCUGGUGAAGUUAAUAUCAUCAUGGAUAGUUUAACAUAUGUAAAUAAAGAUGAAAUGGAUGAUCCACGCGAGAUGAGUGAAAUAGCUAGGACCUUAUACAACUUCAAAAUGGAUCAUGACUACACACCAUUCACAUCACCGUCUCAUGUUCCGGCCGGAAUUGAUAUGGCUGAUGAUUUGGCGCAAACCCUCAGCAUGCUUGAAGAUGGCAGUCUUGAUCCCCAACUCACCAAUGAACCACUCACGAAAAUCACAAAGAUUGUCAACGGCCGCAAACAGACGAUAUUCGUUAACAGCAAGGAGAAACAGCGGAUGAUUAAUGCAGGUUUGUUGAAGGAAAAGGCCACGGAGAAAGUGUUCAAGAAACCUAAACUACUUGUAACUCCAACCAAUACAACUGUAACAACACCCCAGCAAGUGGUGAAGACUGAUGUGGAUGCAAACCAAACAAAACCAAUUAAAAAUGAUGUUUCGGCUAAACCGUCUAUAAAUAAUCAGGUAGCAACAAAGCCAGUUAAAAAAGUCGAGGUAAUUGAAGAGAAAAAAGCGCAAGUGAAGCCGCAAGAGGAAUCAGUGCAAAAGACAGUUACAACAACAGCAGGUCAACAAAGUCAGACUGUGUCAACACCAAGUAAUGAUAAGAAAUUAAUACUUUCGCCACCUAAAAAAGACAAAAAGGUUAAACAAAAUGCACCCAUGCCCGAUGACAUGGCGCUGUUUUCAACGCCGGAUAUAAUCCGACGGGUUGGUAAAGAUGCGGAGAAGUCGCCUACAGCGACUUCACCAUCCGCGUCAAAACCGGCAAAAAUUUCGCCAGAUUCCCGUUCAAAGUCCAAUUCGGAAAAGAAGCGUCAGAGUAUGGAUGAACGGACGGUAGUUUCGCGCCGACUGAGUCUCGAUAACAAAGACACAAAGAAAACUCCAGUUGGAAGUCCAACUGCAUCUCCACCUUCACCGACGAAAGAUGUAAGACCUAAGGAAGAGCAGGUGUCCGUUACGGACUUCUCCGAAUCGAAUGAGUCUAUUAAUGAAGAUCAACUUGAGCCACUGCCAAGCGCCGAAGAUAUCCGCACAAUGAUCCACUCCGAGGGUAACAAGCCAUUCAUCGCAUCCGUACUGGCGGAAGCGGAGCCCGACCAGCAUGACGACCCCAACGCCAGCAUGAAUAUUGAUGCUGCUGCUUUGGACCUGGACCAGAGUAUCUUGGAUAAUAUUAAUACAGAUCUUAUAUCGGAGGAUAUCCUGUAUCAGGUGGCGCAGUCACUGGUUGAUAACAACACCGAGUUGCAAAAUGUCAUUGACAAAUCGUUGACGGACGGCAAUCUUGAUCUUGACGCGGGCACCGCGAGUCACUUACAUGCAAAUGAUGUGCUAGACAGUUUGAAUGUGUCUGCGGCUAGUGAGCCUGACUCAAGUCAGGGUUUGUCUGGUGAAUUGCAGCAGUCCGAUGUGCAUUCUCCGUCGCAAACGAAUACUGUCAGCGGAGGAACGCAAAUUGUGCGCCCGGAUGGUAGAAUCGUCGUGAUUCCUCCGAUUGAGCGCCCGACAACAAGGAGUCGGAACAAGAAAACCCCCGCGGCUACGCCAACUCCAUCUAAGCCAAAACCCGUUAUUAAACCACUGGACGAUCAGCACGUGUCCGGCGAAGAGCUGGAUUCCAGCGCAAACGAAGAAGAGGAAGAUGAUGAAGACGAGGACGCCGAGUCCGACGACGAUCCGAAUAAAUUGUGGUGUAUCUGUAACCAACCCCACAAUAAUCGCUUUAUGAUCUGCUGUGAUACUUGCGAAGAAUGGUAUCAUGGCAAAUGCGUCAAUGUGACAAAGGCAAUGGGUCACACAAUGGAGCAACAGGGGAAGGAGUGGAUGUGCGUAUAUUGUAAGGAUCCAACGCUUAAGAGGCCCGCGGCUGCGAUUCGCCGCAUGCGGAAAGCUUCGCGCACUUCGACUGAGAGCAGUGCCUCUACUGUCAAGUCGAAACAAUCUAAUGCCAGUAAAACAUCUUCAACAACAACAACAAUAUCGAAAAAUCGCGUCAGUACAGGCAGAAAAGACUCUUCUACAGUAAAGGAACCGGAACGCGAGAAAACAAAAGACGCAAAUACGGCGGUACCGACGAGUGACAAAAAACCAGGAUGCGUUGUCUGUGGGAAACCUUCGAGAAGCAGUUCGAUUUACUGCAGUGACCAAUGCAUUUUAAAACAUGCGCAAGGUGUGGAAAAGGUGAUUGUGUUUAACAGAAAAACCGGUCAACUCUUGACGGGCACGAAAGCGCCCAGUGCUGCCAACUUAGACAAAUGGUUAUCGGAAAAUCCUGCCUAUGAAGCCGUGCGAUCGUCUGAUAAGAUUGUCGCCAAAGUGACAAAACCCACCAGCGGGCAAUUAACGCAAUCCAAACUGAAAAUCAUUAAAAAUACAGGGAAUCAAGGCGUUUCAUUGGCCGUACAGAAAAAGGGUGUCAAUGUUGGUGUUCUACCGCAUUUACCGAAAGCACAAUCGAAUAAUAAACCUGUCAUUCUUAACGCGUCGGUGAAGAACAAACAGGGUACGCCGAUUCCAGGUUUAAAACUUGUAAGUAAACAGAGCACAUUACAGGUACAACGCUCUGGUGACGAACAGCCAAAACUAAAAGUUUCGCAAUCAACAGCUCCACAAAAGGUGCUUAAUAAACUACCUGUGGCUAAAGUAACGACACCAGUAGCUAAAAAAGAACCAGUUGUGCCGCAAAAAACACCAAGGGCAAGAGCGGCUGAAUCAAGUCAUCAACCAAAACAAGAAAAUCUACGCGAAACUGUACGGAAGACAUUCUUCGAGCAAUUAUCGAAUCGUCUGAAGAACGUUGAAGAUUUAAAGUUGUCCGAUGAUGAACUAAAGGAGGUUUCCGAUGAAAUCGAGUCUCAAUUGUAUAGGUGUUUUGCUGAUACUGGCCAAAAGUAUCGCAACAAAUACAGAAGUUUAAUAUUUAACAUUAAGGACCCGAAAAAUCAGACGCUUUGGCGAAGAAUUUGCGAAAAGUCUGUCAAUCCGUAUCAAUUAGUAAGACUAUCGCAUGAUGAUCUCGCCAGUCAAGAGUUGGCGCUCUGGAGAGAGCGUGAAACUAAACAUCAACUGGAUAUGAUUAAGAAGUCUGAGCUGGAGUUGUUGAACUGCAGCAGGCAGUAUGUAUUCAAGACUCACAAGGGCGAAACUGUGUUCGAGGACGAUCGCGCUAAGGAUGCAGUCGGUGAUGUCCUAGCGAAUCCAGUACCAGAAGCCGGUGGGUUGCCGGAACCGGAAGACGAUGAAGAAAAGAAACAUCGCCGGGAUAAGGACAGGAAAUCAAGUCGGGAGAAGGACAAUAAGCAGCGCAGUAAAAGUAAAGACAGGGAUAGGAAGAAACGCUCACGGAGUCGGGACCGAUCUAGACAUUCAGAUCGUGAUCGAAGAAGAUCCAGGAGUCGUGAUAGACAUCGAGACCGAGAUAGGGACAGAGAGCGACGACAUAAAAGCUCCAGGCAUAAGAAGGAAGAGGAGAAGAAAGAAAAGACUAUCAACACUGAGAAGUUGGAUAAAAAAUCGAAGGAGAUUUUGGAGCAACUCGUUGAUAAGCAAAUUGUACCGCCAUUGGAGGAUAAAUUAUGGAAGACAGAGGAAGUUGUGCAAACACCAGUUAUUGAACCGGUAGCACCGCCUUCCUUGCCUGAGAGCGAUAGUGAUCACGAACCCAGUUCUACGGUAACGAUACCAACACCUCCCCGAGUUCCUGAAGCUGAUGAUUCGUCAAAGAAACCCGAUGCGGUGGAAAUUCUUGAAAAAGAACCCGAAAAGGAAUCACAAAAAACGAUUCCAGAAGAGCCCAUGGGACAAGAACCCUUGUGGAAAGGCGCAAUCAACAUGAUAGAUGUCGCGCACAUUGCUAUCAAUGCGUACGAAGUGACAGGCGAUUGUGCCGGACUCGGCGAAGAACUACCGAAAUCUUUAGAUAUUGUCGGUCGUAUUUCGCCGACCACAGUGUGGGAAUACAUUGGCAAAAUGAAGACGUCGAACAGUAAAUCGAUAUCGGUUUUGAGGUUAACGGCGACCACAAUGGAAGAACGUAACGCUUACCUUUCGUUGUAUUCGUAUCUGUCGAUUCGGCAGCGUCUCGGGGUGGUGAAAUGCGUGAAUAAACGCGUGAAGGACUUUUAUAUUCUUCCGUUGACCGCACAUAGUGCUAUCCCCGAGGCAUUGUUGCCAUUAACCGGACCUGGUUUUGAAGAAGGGCGACCAUCUUUACUUGUGGGUGUGAUUGUAAGAGACAAACGCAAGAGAACGGUGGAUACGCCGACGCAUAGUAACGCGAAACGAGUACGAGUUGAAAUAGUUACUAAUCGGGGCGGUGGUACUCCGCCGCCUCCUUCGACAUCACGCUCCUAUACUCCUCCACCAACUAUUCCGAGGGUUGAUCCAAGGGUGAAACUACCCGUGCCGGCCGUUGAUGUACCCGAGGAAAAUGAAGAGGAUAUGGAUGAACCGUAUUCGCCUGCGGAUUCGGAUCCUGAUUCAAUUCAGGAACCGGGCAAACAGUUGAAUUCUUCGGAUUUAAGUAGUUUGCUUAGCGGAGGUGUUAAAGGAAGUUCCUUCUUGGAUACUGGUAUUACUAGCAUGCCAGCAAACUUUGAACCGUUUACAAAUAAAUUUGAAGGAAUACCAGGUUUGGAUGUAGUUACACCUUCAUUACCAUCCAACAGUCUGGAACUGGAACAAAAAAUGGCCGAAUUGGAUCAGAAGAUUGCUGCUCAAAAGGCGGAAAUCGAUAAAGUCUCCAAGGACCUGGUGUGUUCCAGCGGCAGUUCAGAUUUGGAGUCGACGAGUCUUGCAAACAUUGCGCUACCUAGCAAUUUACAACAGAUUUUGGAGAGUAUUAAAAGUAUAGGUAGUAAAGGAGACACCCCAGAAUAUCAGCCCGAAACACCCGGUAUGACUUUGAGUGGAUCCUCGACUGAUUUGACGAUACCCUUGAUGCUUCCCAAGUUGAACGCGCGAACGGUCGCCAGUGGAUCCCCUGCUGCCGAUUCGCCAGUACCCUCGAUUCCGAUGUCCUUCACAUCACCUCCGCCAUUAUUGAAGCCGGAAGAAUCUAAACCUUCCGGUGGCGGUGUUCUCAGUUCCCUAUCGGAGGAGGAUCUCAUCAAGAAGGCGGCGGAGAUGUUGGGCGAGGUGGAACCACCACCGCCAUCACUGAAACGUAACAAAUCACCGCCACCCGGCAGUCAAAGCAAACGAGCACGUUUGGAGAUGAAUCAACCACCGAUUCCCGGACUGGAAGACUAAAUCAGUGAAACGCAUUUUAGCCGGAUUCGUUUUUUAAAAUGGUGCUAAAUUUAUCAUUCGCAUUUUUGACAUUUGCUGAGAGAAAUUUGAAGACACCCAACCACAUCGGAUUAAUUUGAAAAGUGCGGAAGAAGACAAGUCAGUGUCAUCAUCUAGGACUCUAGGAUAUUCAAUCAGCGGUUGGUUUAUCAUUAUUCGUACCGUGUUGGUACACAUAGAGACAUAGAUUUCCACACCUUGCGCGUGUUUUCGAAGCCGCGCGAAUGUAGAUGAACGUUUGGUUACUUUUUUAAAACAUAUGUUAUAGUUUGGAUUUGAUUUUUAUGUAUGUACAAGAUGUAUUGUCUAGGAUGAUGCCGUUAAAGAAUUUCGAAGGCGGAAGAAAAAGAAGUUAAAAAUAUGUAAAUAUAAAUAAUAUGUAGGAGGUACAAA